UAAAACAGCACAGGAUCGUCUCAAAUUACUUCUUCCUGUUCGUGCCUCGUUCGUCGAGUCACGUUAUACAAGUUUUUCAGAAGAAUUCGUUAAAAAUGGCACUUGCUUAUGGUAUGUGCGAAACAGCCGGCUGCAAUACUGUGGCCAGCCUCCGGUGUCCAACAUGUGUGAAAAUGGGUAUACAAGGCUCCUAUUUCUGCACCCAGGAUUGUUUCAAACGCAGUUGGAAAACACAUAAAGUUAUCCAUAAGAUAGCAAAAGGAACAGGUGCAGAUACGUCAUCUAAUGACUAUAAUCCAUGGCCUUAUUACCAUUAUACCGGACAACUGCGACCUUAUAAAAGAGAACCUCGUCGAGAAGUUCCUGAACAUAUUAAACGUCCAGAUUAUGCUACUACUGGUAUUCCUGUAAGCGAACAGGCAGUCAGAGAUUCCAGUCAGAUAAAAGUUCUUGACGAUGAAGAAAUUGAGGGUAUGCGAGUAGCUUGCAAGCUUGGACGUGAAGUAUUGGAUGAAGCAGCACGUACCUGCGACGUGGGUGUUACAACUGCUGAGAUCGAUAGAGCUGUUUACGAAGCUUGUAUCGAACGAGACUGCUAUCCAUCUCCAUUGAAUUAUUAUCAGUUCCCAGCUAGUUGUUGUACUUCUGUGAACGAAGUAAUUUGCCAUGGUAUUCCUGAUACCAGACCGCUUCAAGAUGGAGACAUUUGCAAUGUUGACGUAACCGUAUAUCACAACGGUUUCCACGGCGAUUUGAACGAGACGUUCUUAGUCGGCAACGUGAAGCCAGAGGUAAAGAAAUUAGUGGAAAUUACUCAUGAGUGUUUGGCGAAAGCUAUUGCCAUUGUUCGGCCGGGUGAAAAGUACAGAGAAAUUGGCAAUGUAGUUCAAAAGUAUGCACAAGCCCAUGGUUGCAGCGUAGUACGCAGCUACUGCGGCCACGGAAUACAUCGCCUGUUUCACACUGCCCCAAGUGUACCUCACUAUGCCAAAAACAAAGCUGUCGGCGUGAUGAAACCGGGGCAUUGCUUUACUAUAGAGCCGAUGAUAUCUCACGGCACAUGGAGAGACGAAACGUGGCCAGACAAGUGGACAGCGGUCACCGCGGACGGUCAGUGGUCAGCUCAGUUCGAGCAUACGUUGUUAGUCACGGAAACUGGCUGUGACAUUCUCACAAAGCGGCUCACAAACGACGGCAAACCGUGGUUUAUGGACCGGCCUUAAUAGUAUUUCCUUACGUAUUAUCGUCGGGUUAUAACAUCAUUUUCAAUUUCGUGGAUAUAUAAGCAUUGUACUGCUUAAAUACCCUUGUUUCUGUUCAAACGAGAUCUCGUUUUUCAAGAUUCACCAUGACGUAACGCGAAGGUAACGAUAGUGUGACGCUGAACAAUCGAAAUUCGUGUUCUGUAAGAUAUUUUUUACGAAGUAACUGUCCCAUUGGCUAGUUUUAUAAAACUGUUAGAAAGACGACGGUAACAAUGAUUCUUGAAAACUAGAAUCUCGUUAGAUGUUUUUGUUUGUACCCGAAAUGGCUCCUGUACCAUAUAGAAUUACCUCAUUGAUACAUAUAUGUACAUAUAUAAGUGUAACACAAAUUGGUGAUGCGCAAUGAUUGAAAUAAAACAAAUCGAUUCUGUAAAUCAAAAAAGCAA